AGCGGUUUAUUUUGCGGAAGCUGGAAGCGAAAAUUCCUUCUUCAAGUCCAUACCCGAUGCAUUUUGGUGGGCAGUCGUUACCAUGACCACCGUUGGAUAUGGUGACAUGACACCCGUCGGCGUUUGGGGCAAAAUUGUGGGAUCAUUAUGUGCGAUUGCUGGUGUACUAACAAUCGCACUGCCCGUACCGGUUAUCGUCAGUAAUUUCAAUUACUUCUAUCACCGCGAAACGGAUCAGGAGGAGAUGCAGAGCCAAAACUUUAAUCAUGUUACUAGUUGUCCAUAUUUGCCAGGUACAUUAGUAGGUCAACACUUGAAGAAAUCAUCGUUGUCCGAGUCCUCAUCGGAUAUGAUGGAUUUGGACGAUGGUGUUGAAUCGACGCCAGGGUUAACUGAAACACAUCCUGGACGCAGUGGAGCAGCUCCGUUUUUGGGAGCCACACAGAUGCAGCUGCAACCGCCGCCAGCGCAGCAGCAGCAGCAACAACUACAGCAGCAGCAGCAACAGCAGCAACUGCAACUGCAGCAGCAGAAUGGCUUCAAGCAGCUGCAGUCAACAGUAAGCGUCAGUGCGGCAACUGGCAGCGCUGGAAGCAGUCUCACAAUGAGGCACAACAAUGCGCUGGCUGUUAGCAUCGAGACCGACGUUUGACUACUGGGUAAGUGUGCGCCUUUACUCUCUCUUCCCCGCCCCACUCCACCUCUCUCUCUCUCUAUGUCUCUCUGUCGCCCAAUCUCUCUGUCAUGCCCCCUAACAGCCCUUUCGCAUUCAUAAACACUUUCCCUGAUCUCCCAAUCAAGCUCAUUCGUAAAGCAUUUCGUAUGCUAAGCAAAUCGCAAAAUCUUCAGCUAAAGCUAUUUUUCUUCAUUUCUCUUUCUCUCUCUUUCGCUCCUUUUCUAUCUCCAACUCUCUGUCUCUCUCUGUCUUGAGCACAAGUCUUGACUCCCAAUUUCUAAUGCACAAGCACCAAAACUUCAGUAUAGUUUACUCGUAAAGUCACAAUGAUAUCAGCUGAAAAUGGUCACCUAAAACAGUGUUGAGCAGCUGUGAAAAGUGCGUUCUUAAGCCAUUUGCCAACACUUGUUACAGGCAACUGCUAUUAUCAAACAUUUUGCAACACUGAUAGAGCAUUUUUUGCCUGCUUCACUUUCAG